CCCGCCUCGGCGCCGGGCGGACCCAUGCGGGGAGAUGGCGGCGGGCCCGGCGCUGGCCCUGCUCCUGUCCGCCCUCCUCUCCGCCUCCGCACAGCUCCUCCAUCGGCAAGCUUCCUUCACGAUCUCUCUUCGUACAGUGGACAAUACUAUACUUAUGAUUAAACAGAAGCCUGGGGGUUCUCUAGGCUGUAACAUUCGUGUUAAAAAUUUCAUCAGGCCUGAACUCAAGAUAAAGCCUGGGGAGAACGUGACUUUUUCCUUCACUUGUAGUACUCCAGAGAAGUAUUUCAUCGUGGAAAUUCAGAAAAAUAUUGACUGUGUGUCAGGCCCGUGUCCCUUUGGAGAUGUUCAUCUCUACCCACCGGGGCUACCUCGCCUUAACAGGACUUUCAUCUGGGAUGUGAAGGCAAGUACAAAGGCUGGACUUGAACUGAAAUUUUCUACCCCGUGGCUAAGACAAAUUGAACCAGGAGAGAUGUGCCCAGAUUCUGUAAGCUACAGUAUCAACAGCAGCAUUGAUAAGGCCACGGUCAACAUAGGCACCUUCUGCAGGAAUGGCUCUGUGUCUCGUGUCAAGCUGCUGGGAGGAGUCAUCAUGUCUCUGCGCCUCCCCUGGGACUCACCUCUUAACACCUCAGGCUUCAGCAUAGCUAACAGGGCUUCCAUAAAACGGCUGUGCAUUAUUGAAUCAGUUUUGAAUGGGGAGUCUUCAAUCACCCUGAUGUCCCCAAACUACCCACUGGGCUUCCCAGAAGACGAACUCAUGACAUGGCAGUUUGUGGUUCCUUCCAACAUGAGAGCAAGUGUCUUUUUCCACAACUACAGCCUCUCCAACUGCGAAAGGAAAGAGGAGAGGGUGGAGUACUACCUCCCCAACUCCUUCAGCAACCCGGAGGUGUUCAAGCUGAGUGAUAGCCAGCCUGCCAAUAUUGCUGGCAGUUUCAACCUGUCCCUGCAAGGCUGUGAUCAGGAUGCUCAGAACCCAGGCAUCCUCCGCUUGCUCUUUCAAGUUGUCGUUCAGCAUCCGCAGAUCGAUGAAAAUGUCACCCAUUUGGUUGACCUGAGCAAGGAAUGGAAUAUGAGUGUAACCAUCCACUUUGAAGGGUGGCCCAGCCGCCUCCCGCUCAUGUCUGAUCCCAUGUGCCUGAUCUGCAAGGAUCCUCGCACCUGCGACCGAGUCUUGACUUUAGUGUCUGGAGCUGUCUACAAGAUCUCCUUUCUCUGCAAGGAUUUGUCCCGCCUGAGGAUCACAGCUGAAAAGGGCAUAAGCUGUGUUGAUCUUCGAUGGUGUCAGAGGAAGAUCUAUUCCCUUUUGGUGCCCAAGGCUAUCACCCAAUUGCCAAUUCAGCUGCAUAGGUUUAUUUGGAAGCUCUUGGCUUCUGAUCUGAUCAACAUAGAAAUUACUUCUCCGUCCUUGAAACUUCAGCAACACGUCCCAGAGCAGAGAUGCAACACAAGCUACAGUUACAGCAUUGUUAGUGCCACCCCAAAGAUGGAAUUCAAUGUUGGUGUGUUCUGUCCUGGUGGAUCCAUUGAAAAGAUUCAGAUGAGGGAUAAUGUCACCAUAUCCUUAAAAACAUUUGGUAAAGGAUUCCUCAAUGAGUCUAUGCAUCAGGAUCUGAAAAUGUCUUUUGUGCCACAUAUUAAAGAUGAGUGCUCUUUCACUGUGAGUCCAGAUCCAAAAGCUAAAGUUUACUUGCAGACUCCCAACUGGCCAUAUGGUCUUCCCCCUUAUGUCUCCAUAUCCUGGUUUGUUGCCGUGCCCAGCAAGCAAGUUGCCCGCCUGGGGUUCUCCAAGGACCGCCUGGGGGUGGCGUGUGAGACGGGCCGUGCCUACCUCAACAUCAAGGAGGAGACACAGGGAGCAGAGGAAAUCGUCUGCCGUGAGGAUGAGCUUCUGCCCAAGCCCCGAAAUAUGUACCACAACUUCUGGGUAAACAUCUCCAACUGCAAACCCGUGGACAGAACGCAGCUGACCUUGCAGUUCCAGGUGACUUUUGCUGACAAGCAGAUAGACCUCGGAGUGAUACUUGCUGUGGUGGCUGGAGGUGGAGUUCUCACAGCUAUUGGACUGACUGUGUGCUGUGUUAAGAAGAAGAAGAAGAAAAGCCAGAAUCCCAUGGUAGGAGUGUACAAUACUAACGUGAACACCGAGAUGCCUAGAAAACAAGGCUUAUUCACAAAAGGGAGGAAAAACAAUGAGUCUCAUGUCUAUGCAGUUAUUGAUGAUGCUAUGGUCUAUGGGCACUUGCUGAAGGAAUCCAAUGGCUCUGCUGCUCCAGAAGUUGAUGUGUACCGGCCUUUUGAUGGACCCAUGGGUAGCUUGCCACCUUCUCCACCUCCACUCUCUUUCAGAAAACACAUUAAACGCUCUUCUAACACUGAGGAGCCUCCACCUCUGAUGGACACAGAACACGACGCUUACACAUUUGCUCAUCAGAAAUCAGGGCAAUUGGAGGACAAUAAAGAUACAGCUGAAAAGAAUAAUGGAGAUACGGGUACGUCCUUGCUGGGAAAUAAGGAGCAGGAUGGUUUAGUGGAGUAAUAUUAUGCCAGGUAAAACAGUUUCCUGUGGAAAUACAGGUGAUCUGUAAGGGCAGGGGUCUAGGAAAAAAAAUUCAGAGGAGUGUUAUUUUUAAAUGUGUUUUGACGUUGUUUUGUUCUGUGUGUGUGAUUUUGGUUGGGUGUUUUUUUUAAACGUCAGCUGUUGAUAGCUUUCAGUUCUAGAGUGAACAUCUAGGAAACUCAAAACCAGUUGAGACACUCCAGAACUGCAUGCACUUCUGGUUGUGAGAUAGGUGGCGAAGGUACGCUUCUGCUUUUGAUAAUAACAUAUCAGGGAAAAUAAUGCAUAGCUGCCAUUUUAAAUAAUGUGGAGAGAGUGUUCUCCUGUCUCAAUUCACUUGUCCCUCAAUGUUUGUUGGUAAGUCUUGGAGGGCAUAGGCUACAUCUCCAUCUCAAGGCAGCUUCUGGUUGCACAUGUCUAAGCAGUCUGCUAAUGCCUGAGUAGAGGAGGGGACACUGUCAUUUCCAUCACUGGCUACCUGAAAAUUCAUGGUAUUUAGCAUGCCGGUGAGUAAUGA